ACACACAAAGAGCUGAGCUGGGAGCCAGCAGGACACUAUAUACAGCACCCACACCCCAGCUGCUGUAAUCACUCACCCUGCCAUACACCCAUCAUCCAGGGACACCACACAGACACAUCCACAGCUGGAACAUCCAAGGACAAUGCUGCCAAUUUCCCGGAUGCAUGGAUGGAUUUACAGCAGACCCUCCUGCUUGGCCUGGAGGCUGACUGGGGGCACUGCGGAAUAAGUGGACCCUUCCUGUGAGCAUGGCUUUAUCUCCAGAGAGGAGUCAUUCCGUGGCAUCCUUAUAAACUGCUCACUGGAAGCCAUUGUGAGUAAUCACUGCACAUUUGGCUUCUUUAGAUGGUAUGGACACACGGCAUCACCAAGACAGCUACUCAGGGUCCCUCUGUCUCCUCCAACAUCCGUGUACAAAGUUCCCAUGUUCAUCUGCUAUGACAUACAUCCAUGAGGAUGAAACACGCCAUUCCAGAGUCAUUUCAAACUCCCAGACUAAUCAGCCGUGCACAAAAUACAAGGAAUUGUCAUUCGGCAGCAUGUAUCCAUUAAAGAGUAUAGAGGCUCAUGCUGUGAUUAGGGAAUUCUAUCCACUUCAGACUUGUCGUGCAGGUGUCACCACGUCCGUCCAUAAUGACACCACCAGGCUGUAUCGAAGCUUGGAAAACCUGCACUGGGCUGCAAUUUCAGAAUCCAGUGUUUAUGCUCAGUACAGGAGCGUGGGAAGUGAUUUUAAUCUGCAUUGCAGGAGCACCAGACACAUGUCAGAAGAUUCUGCUGAGAAAGGGUCUCUCCAUAGUCUGACAGACAUCUGUGGACAUUCCACCGAGAGAUUAGCUGGCUUUAGAGACCUUUCGGUACCCCCCAUUGCCAAAGUGCACCAGUGGCUCUUUCCUGGAGCAGAGGACAAGGUCACCCAAGGUGAUACCAAAAGAGAACUGAAGGAGAAGCUUAGAAUACAUAGCUCCAAGCUUGUGGAACCCAUUCGACCUGUUCGCCCACAGACUUUCCAAUCUACCUGCUUGGCCAACGUACCUACAGAAAGCAGGAGAUGCCAGCACUGCAAGUGUAGUCUUCCAUGCAGCACAGCACCUGCAGAGCAUCAUGCACAUACUAACAGCACAAAUACAAAGAGAUGUGCAAGCACCUUAUACCACAGAACCAGCCCAGAGCACAUUAAACAAGAGGCCAUACGAAGGCUGCAACUCCGCAGGCAAAACAGCUUCCCAAACCUUGCACUUACUCAUGGAGAUCAAGAGCAAAGGGGCAUGGCUAAAUCAAAAACCACAGAAUCAUUCAAAGAACAGAGGCCUGAGAGUAGUAGAGAUUGGGAAACACAGCCAGCAAGGGCCACCAGGGAUGUUAAAGGUAGAUUAUAUAUCCCAACAUUUGAAGAAUUUAAGAGGAUGCGUGAGAAAGAGAAGGGUUUGUUGGGCAAAACUGAUGUUUCCUUACAAAAUAUGGAAUUAUCUCCACGAGAGGUCCAUUGCACAGAAGGAGAUAGACAGUCUUGCAUACCAGUAAUGGUGGAAGUCCACACCCACAGACUGGGUAAUGAAACAAGCGAGUUAUCAGCAGAGAAUCCUCGCCAGACCCACAGUGACCUGGUGGGUUCCUCCCAAGGCAAAGUACCUUUGAAUGACAGUGUUAUGUGUAGCAUUGCACAGCAUGGCUCAUUAGAAAGCAGAGCUCACUCACCCUCAUACCGGUGUGCUUUCUCAGCUCCCAUUUGUUCCGGUCCUGUUUCAAAGUUCCCAUUGCAGACGCUUACCAUGCACAUUGACAAAGAGCAGCUUGUUGAGUGUGAGCCACAUGUGUCUGAUACCAAUAGUCCUAGUGGACUGCACGGCAUUGCAGAGCAGGGUCAAACUUCUGAAGCCCAUUCUUCUUGCUGUCCAUCUCUGCUUUUAGAAGCCACAGAUUUAUCCAGCUAUGGAUCUAAGCUGCAGAAAAUGAAGGAUGGGCUCAUAGGUUCAGCCUUGGAUCUCAUUAAGAAAAGCUGUAUCACUGAGCCAAGCAUCGAGCCUCCGGUUAGAGUAUCAUAUGAACUCUUGAAAACUGAUCCCACAUCACAGGAGGACAGCUGUCAAUCUCGAUCUGGUGCCAUGUCAACAUCAAGCUGUACGACAACUGACUGCAAGCCCAGUCUCUGCAGCCCAGGAUGUCGGAGAUCCAGCUCAGAUAUGAGUCACGAAGCCGGGGAGACUGGAAAGACUCCGCGUGGGUGUCGCUUGCGGCCUCAUUUCAGUGACCCCAUGCCCACGGACGCAGUGAAGAGAAAGCAGCUGGAACUAAAAAUCGCCGCCGCUGCCCGGCACCACGCUCAGCGGAGGAGGCAGGACAGAGAAAACGGGCCGGUGCUGUUGAAGGCCAACACGACCACUUCUUGCAGCACGGGGACUAACGCCCCUUAUACCACCGGACACUGUAACCAGUCUCGGCAUCGCUGGAGCAACAUCAGCAGCCUGAGCACCGACAGCGGGAUAGUUGGUGUCAAUGACGACAGAGAUGACUGUGAGGGUAACACAAGCAGGGCUGCCAAACCAGGGGAGGUAGAAAGGGUGGACAGUGGCAUUGGGGAUGCAAUGUCUAGGAAGUGGAGAGCAAGGGUGGCAGAAGCUGCAGCUUCCUUGGAGGCAUGGAAGGCUCAUCGGCCUUGCACCGAUUGUGGGGAAAGAGAUUCAGCCAUGGAUACAGAAGUUCGAGGGAAGAGACAGGACACUUUGUGUAUAAAAUGUGUAAUGCGCAGGACUGAGCGCAAGGAGGCCGUUAUGGAGUUUGUAAACACAGAGUCCAGCUACGGGGACGAUAUAAGGAUUAUAAAGGAGGAAUUUUACAUCCCCAUGCAGACUGCAGGACUUCUAACUCCUGAACAGCUGCUGGUUGUCUUCAGCAACAUCCAGGAGCUCAUUGACCUCAACGGGAAGUUUCUGGAGGUCCUACAAGAAGAAAUCGACCAAGCGUUUGACCAGAGUGACGAUGAUUUAAUGACCGUCUGUAUUGGCGAAGUGUUUCUGGAGUUUGUCAACAUGCUGCCUUCAUUCCAGACAUACUGUCUGCAGCAAUCUGCCUCGAUAGCCAUGCUCAAUGCACUAGAGAAGGAGAAGGAACUACUGAGGAUAUUUUUAGAUGUGUCUCAGAAUGACAACACAGCACUGAGGCGCAUGAACCUCCGAUCCUUUCUCAUGGCUCCUUUGCAGAGGGUCACCAAGUAUCCUCUCCUGCUUAGUCGUAUCCUAAAGAGUACAACGGAGUUCCACCCAGAUAACGGCAGCCUGUGGGAGGCAAAGAGCCGUAUUGAGUCACACCUUGAACACAUCAACAUGAAGACUAAGCAGGAGGGAAAUCCAUGGACGUUGCGUUCCUUCCGCAGAGAAAGCAGGAAAAAUAAAGAACUUACCAAUAUUGAGAUAAGAGAAAUGGCCAUCAAGCAGGUAGGUUGGCCCAGAGAAGAGACACGCUUUAUCAAGGAAGGACCUAUGCAUUUAGCACAGCCCACAGACGGCCAGUGGGUUAAGAAGGGCUGCAAGGCUCUAAAAUUUCAGAAUGUGCAAGCACUACUGAUGGCGAAGAUUCGAAGGACAUCGGAGUCCGGUCUUGAAGGAAGUGCGGACAACCAUAUUGUGAGGGAUGCUGUCUUAGUACUCAUCAAAGACAAAAACAAUGGGAAGUUUGUAAUGCUAAGGGAGCCUCUGAGGCUUGGACAAUGUGUGGUAUCCUCUGAUCCUGACUGUGAGGAGACAUUUGAACUAUUGGAGAUAAAACGUGAAGGGUUUGUGUUUCGGGAUGUUGACAGUGACACAACUCAGCACUGGUUCAGGCAAAUCAAAAUCUACUCCAGAGACCUUGGAUCCUGGAAGAAACGGAGAAACGCUCUCCCUAAUAUUAUGAUAAGCACAACGCAAGGCAGGCCUUGAACCUAGCAAUCACAGGACAAGAUGGGUGUAAAUCCCGACUUCUGCCCUUCUUCCACAAUGGCCAAACCCCAGCCGUGCUGAUCUCAGCACAUUUCACAUAAGACCAUGUCAGUCAAAGGCAAAUCGUGUUACCUUUUCAUGAACAAUUGACACAGAGUUCAAGAGAGAAACUAAAGCGGAGAGCCUGCAAUGUGGGCAAUGCUUUUCGCACCGUGUGGUUAUUAACACUGUUUGUAGGUCUUUUAUCAACUAGUCUGGAUGGAGAGAAGGAAAAAAGACAAAAACAACAAAAAGCAAAAGUACAGGAGCAAAAACAAGAAUUUUUUAUAUCUCUAUAUCUGCUCAUUGAAUUCGCUAUGGAGAGUUUGUGCAGUUUUUUUCUGUCUUGGUUGAGAGGGGUUAAUGAAGAAGGGGCAAUGCCAAUCAGCAGUUUCUUCACCAAAUAAUGUAUUGUUAAUCAGAUCUGGCGUAGUUUUACAUUUCACUCACUAACAGAACCUAUUCCCAGUCGAAUAAUCUGUCUGAAUCUAUGAGACGUUCAUCGAAUAAACCGUUAGAUUCACAAAGCAGCGCGCUCCACACAGAUCUGCCAUUAGCUUUUUGUGGGCAGUUCACAAGGAAGCAAUGAUUUACACACAUAUCUCACACAUAAAACGAAGUUUGAGGGAACUUCAAAUCUGAGGUCUAAUAGCUGAACUAGUGAACAUUUCCAGCGAUGUUAAUUUGAAAUUCCGGUCAUUUCUCCAAUUCCUGGUUUAGGGGAAAAAUAAAAUCUGUUCAUCACUUUUUCCAGGAAGUUUAAAUAUUGUUCAGAGUGUUCUGUAUUAACUAUCGGUGCAGAAUAGACCCAAAUAAUCCUAUUUCUAUUCGUAAAACAGAGAAUUACUGAUCUUUUCCACAUACGCCUGGCAAAUAAAAAGAGAUUUCAAGAUUUUAGUAAUAAUGCUUUCAAAUCUGUAGCGUUUUUUCCACCAGUACGAGCAUUAACCAGCGGGGUAUAUUAACAAGGCAUGUCAGCGCACUACACCUACAAAUAUUAAACACAGAUUGCCAAAGCAUUGCUCAGCCUCAGAACCCAAAAAUGUUAUCUGUAUCUAGGCAACUUUCGGCGCGCCAGAUGUUGUGGACUACAUCCCCCAUAUUUCUAGCAAAGUAACAUGCAGUCCACAACAUCUGGCGUGUGUAGUAGUUAUGGUGCCAGGAGUGCACUAGUGCCAUCCCAGAAUCAGGUAAAUGGUGUCACAGCUUACAAAGCUACUCCUAGAACUAUAACUACAAAAGGGCUGUCUAGAAAUUCCAUCACACUAUUACUGUUAUUGAUUAAAUAUAUACCUGCUAAGAGUAUGUGAGGUCAGCAGCCAAUCAGAAUUCCCCUCAUUUUAUUGCGCAGGAACCAAGAAAUGGUUGUUUGAUGUGCCUGAUAUGAGUGCUGUGUUGCCAAUAGGAAAUGAGCCCUCAAGACUCUGGAGACCUAGUCCUGCCAAGCCAGUACAUGAGAGGUUACCCGUUCCAACACUACUCUCCUUUAGUUCCUAAAUGAUAAGUGACAAGUAACAAUCAAAUAUCCCCAAUUAUUGCACUUUGUUAAAAACUGCAAUAAUUACCUGCUCAGGGUUAAGGAACCUGAGACACUGCGGCCACACCACUUCAAUGAGCUGAAGUGAUCUGGGUGCCUAUAGUGUCCCUUUAAUGUAGCUGUUUAACAGCAUCCAGUGCAUUCAAUGUUCCCGGUUUGUCUCUUAAUUGAGACUUUCAGCCUGAGAAACAAUUCUCCAACACAGAACAGACUGCUCUGGCACAUACUCCACCAUUUUGCAUUCAGAAGUCAUUGAUGCAACUACAUAUUACUGUCAGAGGGUACCAAUACAACUACACGUUACCGUCACUGGGUAGCCAUACUCUUACACCUUACCAUCACCGAGUACCGACACCCCUCCAUGUUACCAUCACCAAGUACCGACACCCCUCCAUGUUACCAUCACCGAGUACCGACACCCCUCCAUGUUACCAUCACCGAGUACCGACACCCCUCCAUGUUACCAUCACCGAGUACCGACACCCCUCCAUGUUAUUAUCACCGAGUACCAACACGCCUCCAUGUUACCAUCAGAGAGUACCGACACCCCUCCAUGUUACCAUCACCGAGUACCGACACCCCUCCAUGUUAUUAUCACCGAGUACCAACACCCCUCCAUGUUAUUAUCAUCGAGUACCGACACCCCUCCAUGUUACCAUCACUGAAUACCGAUACCCCUCCAUGUUACCAUCACUGAGUACCAAUACCUCUACAUGUACCCACACUGGUUACCCAUACCCCUACAUGUUGUUAUCACUGGGUACCCAGUAUAAUACCCAUACUGAAGUUAGUGGUAUGAAUACUCCGGCAGUUUCAUGGCACAGGGCACUAAUACUGCUGGGGUUACAUGGUGUAAAGCACCCAGAUACCUUGCUCUAUGGCACAGAUUACAGUAUUGGUCAUGCAGGUACAUGGUAGAAAGCCCAGAUACCCUGCAGUUACAUGGUACUCCUACGAACACCUGGCAGAGACACCACUAGUUCUGUGAUUACAUGGCACAAGAAUCCAUACUCCUGCGAAUACAUGGCACAGACACCCCUACAACUGCAGAAUUAUGGCACAAGCAUCCCAACUUCUAUGGUUUCAUGGCACAGACACCAAUACGCCUUCACUUACAUGACAGAACUAUGGUUUCAUAGCACAUGGUUCCCAAACUGUUUAUAGUAUAGUCACCCUUACUUCUGCACCAGUCUGACAGCAUAGCAUUUCACAGCCAGUGCAACAACUUCACAGACACAAAACGACACAUCCAGUGUAACAAUGUCACCGAGACAAGACUACACCGCCGCUAUAACAAGGUCAACGAGACAACACGACACAGCCAGUGUAAAAAUGUCACCGAAAACACCACACAGCCAGUAUAACAAUGUCACGAGACAACAUGACACAACCAGUGUAACAAUGUCACCGAAAACACUACACAGCCAGUGUAACAGUCACCGAAAACACUACACAGCCAGUAUAACAAUGUCACCGAAAACACUACCCAUUCGCUGUAACAAUGUCACAGAGACAACACUACACCGCCGCUAUAACAGUGUCACCAAGACUAUAUUACAAGGCCGAGGGUGAAAAAGAGAAGUGAAACACUUUUCUGUGGGGAAAAAGUGGAAAUAAAUAAAUAAUAAAUCAAUCUGUAGCAUCACCAGGAAAAAAAGUGUUUAUUGAAAAAUUCUAGGGUGCAAAGAUGGAAAAACGCCAGAGAAUCGGGUUCCUUCCAUUGAUUAGGACCAUGGAUAACACAAUGUAUAAUGUUUGUUGUACAGGAAUUGUUAUUUAAUAUAAAAUGUUUUAUACGCCUUGACUCCAGACUGAUUUAUUCUACUGAUGGUAUCACUGCGCCAUACAAGGCAGAUUAUGGUGGAUCACUCAAGAAACACAUUUUAAUAAUGUUUUUCUAAACAGAACAUUUUGGUAUUACACGGCCAUAUUACAUUACGUGUUCACAUUCAAAGUUAGUUAUUAAAUGCCCAGCCAGGUUCAGGUUAUGUUCAGAUUUGUAGGACUGUACCUUCCAGUCUUCAGAGAUCAGUAAGACUCACUGGACUA